AUGAAAUAUAAUAUUGGUAGCACAAACGUUGAGGGGUAUUUUUCUUUUGUGCUUUUGCAGGUAAACGACCUCUGCUGGCACGUGCGCUGUCUCUCAUGCAGCGUUUGCAGAACGUCUCUAGGAAGGCAUACCAGCUGUUACAUCAAAGAUAAAGAUAUCUUUUGCAAACUUGAUUAUUUCAGGCGGUAUGGCACCCGCUGUUCCCGCUGUGGGAGGCACAUUCAUUCUACUGACUGGGUCCGAAGAGCUAAAGGAAACGUAUACCACUUGGCAUGCUUUGCAUGCUUCUCCUGCAAAAGACAGCUUUCUACUGGAGAGGAGUUUGCUUUGGUUGAAGAGAAGGUUCUUUGUAGAGUACAUUACGACUGCAUGUUGGACAAUCUGAAAAGAGAAGUUGAAAAUGGUAAUGGGAUUAGUGUGGAAGGAGCAUUACUAACAGAACAAGAUGUUAAUCAUCCAAAACCAGCAAAAAGAGCUCGGACCAGCUUCACAGCAGAUCAACUCCAGGUUAUGCAAGCACAGUUUGCUCAGGACAACAAUCCAGAUGCACAAACGCUUCAGAAACUGGCAGAAAGAACAGGCUUGAGCAGGCGUGUUAUACAG